AACAAAGAAAUAUAGAAGUAUCAUUUAUCGUAUAAUCUAGUAGUUCAAGAAAGAAUAUGGCAUCAAAGGUCGGGUUUCUUGGGUUUGCAGUAUUGAUGGUUGUAGUAUUAGCAGCUACCAGUACUAAUGAAGUUUCAGCUGAUGGCUGUGAUGGCGAUCUCGAGGGACUGAGUAGCCGGUGUGCUCAGUAUGUUUCGAAGGUUGGACCAAAGUUCCGACCAUCUCGAGGAUGUUGUGAUGUUGUUCGGGGAGUUGAUAUUCCUUGUGUCUGUCAACAUGUUACUCCUCAGAUUGAGAAUUAUGUUAGCAUCAAAAAAGUGCUUUAUGUUGCUCAGUAUUGUGGCAAGGAUCUUCCCCAUGGAAUCAAAUGUGGAAGUGAGACUAUUCCAUAAGCCAUGAAAAAUCAGGAAAAAUAAGAUGGAGAGUUCUAAUAUUAUCUUAUAGGGGAGAUCUGAUAUUCCUUGGUUGUCGCAAGUCUUCUUUUGUUAGUAGGAAUGGUAAUAAAGUGUGCUGACGGCAUUGAUCUCUAAACAUGUUAGAACUAGUAUGAAGUGAAGAGGAUUCUAAUUUCUCUUCCUUAGUCUCUAUUAUGUACUAACAUGUUCAUCAUUAUUAUUGCUAUGCUUUCAGAAAUAAAAUAAUACAUAACACUAUCUUUUCGUUG